UACAGGAUUAGAAAUCUCGGUAGCUCUGACGGACAUGAUGUAAACUGCAGUGAGCAACAUGAUCAAUCUGAGAUAGGGAAUGGGCAGUCAGGAGAAAAUAGCAAAUACAAAGCUUUGAAUUUAGUUUACGUAUGGCAAUGGAUACAUUUCGUAUGGCAAACAGAGUGUACUGGAUCAUUGCACUUCGUUUACUCCUAGCGGCUGUGAAUGGUGACGACAACACAUCGAGCACUGUAUCGGCAGAAAGAAGCGCAGAAGAUGGUAACUAUAUGGGUUGUUACUAUCAAACUUGCUUAGACCCGCUCUAUCACCCAAUUCUCUCGGAAAUGACCCCGGAGUCGUGCACAGCCGCAUGCAAACAACUUGGCUACAGGGUAGCUGCGGUGUAUAACAGAACAGAGUGCUCUUGCUCUUGUGAGCUGCAGAAGGUGUGUCAUAGUGAGAAGCUGGAAGACAAUUAUUGUGGUCUACCAUGCAGAGGUGAUGCCUUGAAAUUAUGUGGAGGUUAUUUACGAGCGUCUGUAUAUCAUGUCUUUGCUGGCACCUUGGGCGACAUGUGUAGCCCACAAAAACAGGAAAAACCCGGUCUUCAAAUUAUCAUCAGUGUUCCGAUGGUUCCCGUCGCAAGUAUUGUCAUAAUCAUAGGGUGCAUGGUACAUCGAAGACAUCGACAUCGCCGACUAGGAAGACAACCCACAACAUAUCCACCAGAAGCAGAUGUGGUUAAAGAAGCUCCUUCCGAUACCAGCGACACGAAUAGUGUGUUGGACAAGCUAACGCAAGAUCCCGUUUCGCAUGUCUAUGCAGAAGCUGACCAAUGUCAUUUCUCGACUCAAGCAAAACGGAACAAGUUCCCGAGAAAUCCCGAUCCGGGUCAGGAAGGUAUUGAGAUCAUGGAUGCUGUUCAAGACAAUAAAGGGUAUCGUGGAUAUGUCGACAUGCAUUCUAAAGGGAGUCGGUCUAGAGGAGAAGAAACGGUUAGAGAUAGCAUGACUGAUGCAGAUGGGUACGUUAUCCAAGACGGACCUGGAAUACGAGAUGUACCUUAUGAGGCAGUGGCGUCUCAAACUACAAAGUAGUGAGAUUUGGAACAAACGGAUCGAUUCU